GCACGCUAUUAGUUCUGUCCAGAAACUUCCAUUUCUUCCCGAAUUAUCUAUUUCCCCCAUAUAAAUAGUCACCCAACCCCUUUUGUCUGUCAAGAAACUUCAGCAAAACAAACAAACCAGAGUAAUAAAAAUCUUCAACUUUUAGCAGUUUUUUUUUUCUAUAUUGCAGAAGCCAUGGAUUUCAGGGUGAUGGGUUUGGAUUCUCCAUUGUUCCACACGCUGCAACACAUGAUGGACAUGUCAGAGGACGCUGCAGGGGACAACAAGACAUACAGUGCUCCGACACGGUCAUACGUUCGAGACGCCAAAGCAAUGGCUGCAACACCUGCGGAUGUGAAGGAAUAUCCCAACUCCUACGUAUUCGAGAUUGACAUGCCAGGGUUGAAAUCUGGGGACAUAAAGGUUCAGGUUGAAGACGACAACGUGCUUCUGAUUAGUGGGGAGAGAAAGAGGGAUGAAGAAAUAGAAGGGGUGAAGUAUCUGAGAAUGGAGAGAAGGAUUGGGAAGUUCAUGCGCAAGUUUGUGUUACCUGAGAAUGCCAACACUGAUGCAAUCUCUGCUGUGUGCCAAGAUGGGGUGCUUAGUGUCAUAGUGCAGAAAUUGCCUCCACCGGAACCUAAGAAACCUAAGACUAUUGAGGUUAAGGUUGCUUGAACAACUUGUAGAACGAAGUUAAAUAAACGUUUGUUUCCCUCUCUAGUAGAAGCAGGGGAAGUAAUGUUUUUUCUGAUUUGAAGGUUUUUCUGUUCUCAAAGCAAUGGUUUUAUGGUAUUGUGAUUUUGUGAUGUUGUAAUCAGAUGAUGCUAUAUCAGUUGUUUAGUAUUUGCUGAUCUUAGUUAUUUCUAA